GUUCUUAAUGGCAACCCAUAUAACAGGAAAUGCGAUGUAUAUAGUUUUGGUAUCUGCCUCUGGGAGAUAUACUGCUGUGACAUGCCGUAUCCUGACCUCAGCUUCUCAGAAGUGACAUCAGCUGUUGUCCGCCAGGACUUGGCAAUCUGUGAAUGCCAACACACAUGUUAGUCAAUGAUCAUUGUGGUGCAUCCACACAAGCUUUAGCUUCUGCCACCAAUGGAGAGGGAAGAUAGUGUAUUGUGACUUCUUGUUGAACAUUUACUUGUUCUUCAUUGUGGCAAACCCAUGCUGCACCAGCUCUACACUUUGCUGCUGUCCGAGAUCCAUCAACCACAAAUGUCCACACCUGAGGAUCUGCACUGUUAGUACUAGAUAUUUAUAUAAUUUUUAUGUAAAACUAUAUGGAUAUCUAUAUGUGAAAAUAUGCUUUUGCCUUUUUGAUUAAUCAAAGCAAUCAAAAUUGAGUUGAUAUAUACGUAAUGUCUUGACAGUUAGAAACAUAAUUUAUAUGAAGAAGUUGGAGAAGGUGUCAGCGCCGCUGUUCACCGGGCUCUCUGCAUUCCUUUGUGUUGACUGGGAUUUGGGAAUGUAUCCUGCUCAAAAUUGUCUUUUGUUGUACAUGAACCUAUUAUGAUUAAUUGAAUACGAAUCCCUAUUCUGCAGUGUAAUGAUGUGUAAUAUGUUUGACUAUUCCAUUGCAUCUGUAUGUGCAAGCAAAUGACUUAACCUAUUUUUUCUUUUUAUUUUUUGAUUGUGUUUGUUGUUUGAUUUUGGUUCAGACACAAUCAUGUAAUGUUUAUUUAGUCAAUAUAUUGAAGUAGCUGUAAAAUUUUAUUCAUAUUAUUGUUAUUUUUCAGCUUUAUUAAA